AUGGCGAAUCUUGUUCACGCCCACGAACAUCACAAUCCUACCAAUAUGGGGAUCAUUGGUCUUCCUCAUGGGCCGGAAACCGGUGAUGACCAUGUGUCGAUAUACGAUCUAGGAGCUGAUGAAGCUAUUUUCAACGAGUUUCUCUACCCCGAUGACAUUUUCACAGCCGACCAUGUUUAUUGGGCAGAUCUCAAAUUGACAGACAAAAUCUCCUUCAUCACUAGAACUGAGGGGGCGGAUGCAAAGAAAGAGAUCAAGGCAAUUUUGGCAAUGAUGAAAAAGGACCCCCUCAGUCCUGUCAGUUGGUAUUUCAGCAAUGCUGUUCUCCCUGGUGCUGGUUUGGGUCUUGAAGGAUACGUUCUCUUCUCUAUCGGAAACUUGGGACCCCUCUUCUCAGCUGUCUGGCCGCAUUGCUGGAAAACUUUCGAGGUUUGUAGCGAGCAAUGGACUUAUGCUGUGACUUACUUGGAAAUUAUUGGUAUUAUUGUUGGUCAAAUCUUGGUCGGAUACUUGGGUGACAAGAUUGGCCGCCGUUGGGGUUUGAUCCAAGAUGCUGUCAUUAUGUUUCUUGGUCUGGUCAUGCUCAUCGCUUCUUGGGGUGUUACUCUCAAUGGCUGGGUCAUUUGUUAUGCCUGGUCAUUGUUCUUCUAUGGUAUUGGUGUCGGUGGUGAGUAUCCAAUGACAGCCACUGCUGCUAUGGAAAGCGCCACUGCAUCAAACCGCCAAACAACCAAAAUGGACAGACUCCACCGUGGCCGCAAGGUAACCAUGGCCUUCCUUAUGCAAGGUUGGGGUCAAUUCUUUAAUCAAGCCAUUCUCAUCCUCUUGCUUCUCAUUUUCCAUCAUGGAAGCGGAAACCCACCUUACUCCGAAGUCUCAGCACAAUGGCUGUUCAGAGUCUCAUUCGCCAUCCCCGCUGUCGGUACUCUCUGGCUUGUCUAUUACCGCAUGUAUAAGAUGCCCCUCAUCUCCAAAGGACUCGAUAUUGCCAAGAAGACUACAAACGUCACUGGAUACGACAAGGAAUCUCUGACCUUGACAGUCAAGCAUUUCUCAGGUCGCUUGAUUGCUACAGCCGGAGCCUGGUUUUGCAACGAUGUCUUCUUUUACGGCAACAAACUCUUCCAAUCUCAAUUCAUCAAGGUUAUCUCUCCAGGCUCAACUUCAAUUAUGGAAGGGUGGUUAUGGAACUUGUGUAACGUCGGAGUAUCUCUUGCUGGAUAUUAUUGCGCAUCGUUCCUCAUCGACAACAAGCUCUACGGACGAAAGUGGAUGCAACAAGUUGGAUUUGCCUUGGAUUUCAUUCUUUUCGUCAUCCCAGCUUUCCAUUACGCCCAUUAUACCAGUAUCGCUGGUAUCAAGUCUUUCCAGGCCAUGUACUUCUUAUCGUCCUUCUUCAACCAAUUCGGUCCAAACAGUGUUACUUUCCUCGUCGCUGCAGAGGUUUUCCCCACACCUAUCCGCGCCUCCGCACACGGAUUUUCAGCAGCUGUUGGUAAAUUGGGCGCUUUAUUUGCAUCUGUUCUUUACAAUUUCAUUACAACCCAGCAAAAGUUUUACGUUGUCCCAUGGUUCGGUCUUGCUGGUAUGCUCCUCACCGCCGUCUUCCUUCCAGAUACCACCGGUCUUGAUCUCAAGGAACAAGAACGAAGAUGGAAGUACAUCAGAUCUGGUAGGGAAUCUGAAUAUCAUGGUAUCGCCAUUCAUCCAGCACAUUUGUCCCUAUGGGAGAGAUGGAUGAAGGCUGGCAAGAACUAUGAUCCUAAAUUGGAUGCCGGAGACAAGAUUCUUGAGAUGCGUCAAGAAUGGGAACUCAAACAAACUGAGAAGGGAAAGAACGAGGAGGAUAUCGCGACUUAUGACGAUGACUGGAGCCAGGAAAUUCACCAAUAUUUCCGUUCUGAUAACAGCCCGAGAAGAACUCGCGCGCCAACUCGUGUAAAGCCGAUUUCCGAAUCUACAAGUGAUGAAAUUACGAGAGAGAAGUAG